GUAGUUGCUAAUUGAAUAUCAUGCUUGCAGAGAAAGAAAGAGGAUGAGCUAAAGGCCGAACUAGAGCGUUUGGAGCACGAAAUCCGUCCUCUUGAAGAAACUCAUUCCGAACUUGCUAGUAAGUCUAGCUUCCGUACGAGCGUAUUCGUCUGGGGAGGCCUCGGCUUCAUGGCACUGCAGUUCGGCAUCCUAGCACGACUAACCUGGUGGGAAUAUUCGUGGGACAUCAUGGAGCCCGUCACAUACUUUGUCGGUUAUGGCACAGCCAUAGCCUGCUAUGCAUACUUUGUAUUAACAAGACAGGAAUACUUGUUUCCGGAUGUCCGGAAUCGACAGUACCUCUUGUUCUUGUAUCGAUUUUUUGGAAAGAAAAGGUUUGAUGUGGAGCGAUAUAAUGAACUCAAGAAUGCAAUAGCAGCUAAGAAGGACCAGCUUCGUUGUCUACAUGAUGCCCUGCAACUCAACCUCACGGCUCCACGAAAACUGGAUGAUCAGUAACGGUGGGGAAUUAGUCAACAAGUCGUUGCUGUUUCUCAACAUUUUUGAUGACUGGCUAAACUUACGUAGUUUCUUCAUUACUGCCAACAUUCUUGUCUCUGUUCAAUUCUUUUUACUUGAUAUUCAUAGUGUCACACAUUUUAGGGAGUAGUCUCCGUUGAAUAAGUUAUAUUGUGGUGUACAUAUUGACAUUGCACUGAUCUAUUCAGAACCACCUGCCUUAUCGCUUGAUCCAUAUGUAAUGACCAUGCCAUGAUGCACGAUACAGGUUACAACAAGAUGUAGUAAAACCCAAAUUCUGGACCAAU